CAACAACAGUGCUAUUAGUCGUUCUUGUAUAUACAAGAAUCAAGAAUCGUUUCGUUUCGUUGUGGGGUCGCGACAAAACUAUUAUUUAGCGGAUCCUUCGUCCGCCCUGUGUAUUGCAUUUUAAUUUCGUUGACCAGCGGUCAAUCGAUUUCGGUGUGGCAACAGUAAAAGUUUAUUGUUGGUUGUGAUAUGUGAAAAUUUCUCUGGUGCUUUCAAUAAUUGACUAUUGGAUACUCUUAAGCUCGAUAAAACACAAAAUGUUUUCGACGGGCGUAUGUCGAUGGCUGUUUCUUGUGAUAUCACUUUCAACAUGGAAAAUAGUACUAAGUUCGAAGGAGAUGCGCGUAGUUUGUUACUAUACGAACUGGUCAGUCUACAGACCGGGUGCUGCCAAAUUCAGUCCACAAAAUAUCAACCCUUACAUGUGCACGCAUCUCAUUUACGCUUUCGGGGGAUUCACCAAAGAAAAUACGCUCAAACCGUUCGAUAAGUACCAAGAUAUAGAAAAAGGUGGUUAUGCUAAAUUCACUGGUUUGAAGACUUAUAAUAAGGAUUUGAAAACUAUGCUCGCCAUUGGUGGAUGGAACGAAGGUUCUUCAAGAUUUUCAUCAAUGGUCGCUAAUCCUGACAGGCGCAAAGAGUUUGUUAAAAACGCCAUAAAAUUCUUAAGACUGAACCAUUUCGAUGGAUUGGACCUCGACUGGGAGUAUCCUUCAUUCAGAGAUGGAGGAAAACCUAGAGAUAGGGAUAACUAUGCUCAACUCGUACAGGAACUGCGAGAAGAAUUCGAUAGAGAAUCUUCAAAAACAGGCCGAUCCAGAUUGCUGUUAACAAUGGCCGUUCCAGCAGGAAUUGAAUACAUCAAUAAAGGAUAUGACGUGCCAAAACUAACAAAAUAUUUGGAUUGGAUGAAUAUUUUGAGUUAUGACUAUCACUCAGCAUUCGAACCUGCAGUCAAUCAUCAUGCUCCUCUGUAUUCUUUGGAAGAAGAUAGUGAAUAUAACUACGAAGGAGACUUGAAUAUUGAUCACACGAUCAAGCACUAUCUAGAACUUGGAGCAGAACCGAACAAACUAGUUUUAGGAAUUCCCACCUAUGGAAGAUCCUACACUCUUUUCAAUCCAGAUGCUUUUGAAAUUGGUUCUCCGGCUGACGGACCUGGAGAAAUGGGGGAAGCCACUAGAGAAAACGGAUAUUUGGCAUAUUACGAGAUUUGCGAUUAUGUCAAAAACCAAGACUGGGAAGUGGAGCAGCCCAACUCCAAGGCCAUGGGGCCUUACGCCUUCAAAGAGAACCAGUGGGUGGGGUACGACGAUGAGGACAUAGUGAGAAGGAAAGCCGAGUACGUUGCUGAGAACAGCCUGGGUGGCAUCAUGUUCUGGGCCAUAGACAAUGACGACUUCAGAGGAGACUGUCACGGCAAGGCGUAUCCGUUGAUAGAGGCUGGAAGAGAAGCUUUGUUGAAGGCCUACGGACUUACCGAAGAUAACCAGAUAGUGCCAUCUUCAAAACCACAAAAGUCUAGGAGGAAAAGGCCGAAUAAAUCUACGAACAAAAUUAAUAAACCAUUGGAAGAGACACAUGUCAAGAUCGAGAAAUCUUCAACUAACAGAAGGAGGAACAGGAUAAAGCCAGUAGAAAAAGAACAGCCGAUAAAUGAGACAAAAUCGAGAAGAAAACUCAGGAGGAAAGAUUCUAGCAACAACGAUGACGAACCAACAAGCUACAGUAGUCUCAAGGUGGUAACACCUAGUUACACCACCCCUUCACCACCAUCUACACCAGACAUGGGAGGAGCAUUCAAAUGUGAAGAUGAGGGUUUCUUCCAACACCCCAAAGAUUGCAAAAAAUAUUUCUGGUGCUUAAGUGGAGCAGGAGAUUCUGGAAUUGUGGCUCAUGCAUUCACAUGUCCUGCAGGUUUGUAUUUCAAUAAAGCAGCAGAUUCGUGCGACUACAGCCAGAACGUUUUAUGCAACAAGAAGAUGCAGAAGACGAGUGCGACAACUAAAAAAGAAGAACCGUCAACGACAUCUACCACUGCUGCCACCAUUAUUUCGAGUACACGAAUUCCUCCAAAAAUUACAGCGGCAACAAGCAGAACAACAUUCAAACAAACGACUACUACGACUGAAGCAUUUGAAGAUGAAUACGAGUAUGAAGAUGAAGAAGAAGACAAUAAUAAUACCAAGACUGAAACCGAAGAAGAGGACCCGAGAGUUAUCAAAGAGUUGAUUGAUUUAAUCAAAAAAGCAGGUGGGAUAGAGGAACUCGAGAAGCAACUCCGAUUUUCGAAUGGAGGAGCUGAAUCUUCUGAGUCCAGCAAGUUCACUACUCAGUCCUCAAUCAGCAAGUCUCUUUAUGAAAAAGUUAUAAGUAAAGCUAUCAAGAAUAAUGCAGACACAAAAAAACUGUAUUCUUCUAUACAAAAUAGCAGAGGAUCACAAACUGAUGGCUUGGCAACAAGAAGAGAAAAGUCCCCUUCACAAUCAGGAACAACGAGAGGAAAAUUAUCCUAUACAUCAAUUUCAAGAAGCAGACCUGCCAAUACCAAAUCUGCUGAGGAUAAAGAAGACACUGAAACCGAGAAUAUUAGCGAGAAAACACAAUCACGAUCAUCAGCUGGAAAGACGAAUUCAGUAGAGUAUGUCAACAUCAGAAGACCAAGAGUUAGUACCACUACUUCGGAGCCUGAAAAUAAUAGUGUGUUCAGUCGAAACAAAUACUUGGGCGAAACUGAUGACGAUGAAGACGAUUCUGAAUACGAUGACGGAGAAGACGAAGAAGAUGUAAGCAUCAAUACACCAAAGAAACAAACGUACACUCCACAAUAUGUCAACAUCAGAAGACAAAGGCCUUCAACAACCGAAGAACCUACAAGCUCUAAAUAUUCAGAUAUACGUAGAGGUUCGUCUGCACCACCAGAACAAUCUGAACAAGAACGCGAUGGACCUUCAACAACCUCGAAGUAUAAGUUCUUGCGACGUGGUACCACUUCUACAACAAGUCCACCAUCAUCGGUCACUGCUGAUUCUCAAUUGUCCAGAUUGCAAACAACACCGGCUAGUUCAUCCCAACCAGCUGACAAAGAAAUAAGCUCCAAGAGGUACAUUCAACUAACUCGUGGGACCACGACUGAGAGAUCUUCACUCGAAAAUGAUAAAACAAUAAUUGGGUCGGAACAAGCACUCACAUCCACUGACGUAUUUUCUGCAAAUGAUAGUCAACUCAACAACUCAAACAAUGCAUCAGAUACUAGCGAACCUCUCUCAUCUAAAGAUAAUAACAUUCUUAUUGAAACCGAAACUAACAAAAUUGUAGACACUACAACUACGUCAACUACGAUAAAUGGUGGAGAUUCAUUAACUACCAAGAAAAUUCCACAAGUUUUUGAUGCAAAAUCGACAUCAACCCCUGUCACUGAAUCAGCCAUCCUGACUGCAAAGGUGAGUCAACCAAAUUUCAGAUAUCGAUCUCGAUCGAAGAUAGACAAUCAAUAUUCAGAAAAUAUCCAAAGUAGACAGAAUAUCGUCAGGAAUGCCUCGAGGUUCAGGCCAGAAACGUCAGAGAAAGAAACGAGAGAGAUAAUUGACAGAGCUUCAGUACCACAGAAAAGGCGUAUCAUUUCUACAACUGAAAAAAAUAUUGAAGAAAAUAGAACAUACAGACCAACGGAACUCGCUGACUUAUCUUCGCUCACUGCUGUUGAUUUUUCCAAAAUCAAGGAGUUCAAUAUAGGACAAUCUUCUAAUAGAAGAAGACGCCCAGUCAUUACUAGUUCUACGACCACUUCUACAGAAUAUCCAGAAAGUUCUUCAUCUGUCAAAACUAGCAUACGCAAAUUGACUGAACAAUCGACUUUUGAUAAAAGCAGAAGAUUGGUAAGAGGACGUGAAAAUCAGACUCAGUUAGUAUCUGAAUCAACUAAGAAAUUUCGUCGUGUCACCUUUGGAACCACAGAAGAACCUUCAGCAAGUAAAAGUAUUCCUGAAAAUUCCGAAUCUUCAACUACUCCAAGGAAUAGAAAGAUAAUUCGCAGAUUCAGACCCGGUUCUCGGAAUCCAAUUAACUUCAAUGAAGACCGAACAAAGAAUGUUAAUGAAAAUAUUCUGUUUUCUCGAGAAAAGUUUGUCAACGAACCAAAUAGCAGUUCUUCAUCACCGACUAACAUACAACAACAAACUCUCAACGAAAACAAUAUAGAAAGCGAAAAUGAAGAAGAUAGUUUCGAAGAUACAAAUAUCGAUGAUGAAGAAGAAAAUAUCAAGUUAUCGGAAUCUAAUAUCAGAGAAAACAGCGCCUUGAACAGUUUUGGGUCGGAUCCAAAAUUCGAAAGAAAAACAUUCAAAUCUGAAAAUCUCUAUCGAAAGUCAACUAUACCUGAACAACAUAUCACUACUGAAAGGUAUGGUACUGACAUCGAAGUAAAUAAGACAAAGGAACCUAGCGUGAGAAUUCGUACAAGAAAAAUCAUUAGAAAAAUAACACCCACACCUGCCCCACCAAAUCAGAUAGAUCCAGAUCUAGCCAGUAGAAAAAGAAAAAUAAUACGUAAGCUACGACCCGUAACUGUUGCUAAUAUAAUACCAGAAAUGCAUGAGGAUGCUGAAAAUGACAAUGAUGACGAUUCAUCCAUCUCGACAGACUCUCCUGCUCCUGAGAUCAACUUGAAUACAACAUUUAACCAAUCCAAUGAAACAGAAUCUGAACCUGAAAGCUCAGAUGGAAAUGGAAAUAUAGAUCUUGAUGGUUUACCAGAACAUGAAAGUAGUAUAGGACUGGGACUAACUUCAGAAAACUAUGAAACGACGACAACGGAAAUAGUCGUACCGAAAUAUGUCAAUAAACUAUUCAAGCUCAGACCCAAUGAUUCCAGGAAGAGAUUCAAAAAUGCCCAAGAAAACAUUCCAUCAUCUACAGAAAAAACCACCUCAAGUAGUCCCAAAUAUAAAUCAUAUUCACGGCGUCCUAAUUACUCCAACAGAAGAUUCACUUCAACGGAAAAGAUAGCUAUUGACGAGAAAGAUGGAGAUAAUAUAGAUGGAGAAGAACCUGAUAGCAAAGAUGGCGCAUCAAGGGGUUUUGUAAGAUAUAAUUCGAUUGAACCACUAUCAACCACGCUUUCGAAUGAUUUUGUUACUAAAAGAUAUAACUCUCUGAGACGCCCUAGCAAUAAAAACACUACCUCUCAGAUUCCUCAACAUUCUACAGAAGUGGUCACAGAUGAAAUCAGCGAGUUCAUAACAACAGAGUUUGUCAAUGAAAAUAUUACAGUAACAACUGAUUCACCAACUACCGAAAUUGAAGCAUUAUAUGAAACACAAAUGUCCACAACUGAAUCAGCUACUGUCCAGCCUGCAACAACAUAUGAUGCUGAAAUUAUUACAAAUUCUAUUGAAACUACAAAAUAUGAUGGAGUCAUACAAGAUGUUGACCUAUCGACUACUUCAGAAUUGCCUUCAGAAACAUACGUCACAACCGAUAACGAUAGCAUAUAUACUAUUGUCACAGAUGAAUCCACUGAUUCCACAUCAAAUAACAUAACUACGGAAAUAUCCACGGAAAAUUAUUCAUCAACCACAGAGAAAUCAACUACCAAUGAAAUUGCAAACACAGUUCCAACCAUUCUGACUAGUCAUCGUACAAGCACUCUAAGGUCGAUAAAUCUUAGACCCAAGUAUGUCCCAACAAAACUCAAGGAAUUGAGUUUGAAUCAACCAACAGAGCCCAGCAAUAUUUUCAAGCCAACUAGGUUCUAUGGUAGAACACGUACUCAAUUCAAAUCCACCACAGAGUCAUCAAAAGCAUCAGAAGAUAAUUUGGCCUCAGAGAUAAAUUCGACAACAGAACGGGGCAGAAAUAAAUUUGGUAAAUUCAAAAAUGGAUUCAGAUCAGGCUUCUCAACGAAACAAAAUCAACUACAAAGCACCAGUACUACUACUGUGAGACCGAAAAAUACAUAUUUGUACCGAUACAGCACGACAAAAAAAAGUGUGGAUGACGUUGAAGAAGAAGACAAAGUCGAAUAUGAUGAAGACACAAAUGAUGAAGAUGAUGAUGAUGAAGGAGAAAAUGUUGAGAGAGAUGAACCAAGUAUCAAAGGAAAUAAUUUGAAUCAGCUAGUGUCUACUCGAAAAACACCUAAUAGAUUUACAAACAAACCUACGUUCUCAAGAACAACUGAGAAAGAACCUAAUGCUGAGGAAACGUUGAAAAAUAUCAACACAGAAGCUGUCAGAAAUAGAAACAAAAACUUGUUCUCUAAUAAAAAGAGAAUUAUGAAUAUUCCUGUAUCAGUUAGUACAAAACCAGAAACUCAACCUACAGAUGAGGAUAAUAGUUACAACUCCAUCACAACUGUUCCAUCGGCAACCACAUCAUCUUCUACUGAAUCAUCCACUGACUCACCUACAACCGAAUUCGUCAAAUCGUCUGACCAACAAGAGACUACAGAAUAUUUAACUACUCUACACCACAUUUUUGCACAAAUAGCUGGUGAUACUGAAACCACCACAAAACAAACUACUCCAAGGGAAAAUUCGGCAGAUAAGAUAGAACGACUCAUAGAAGUCAGUAGGAUUGUGAAUGUGAAAACCAAAGAGGAAAAAGUGAAACAUAAUCACGUUGAGCAAACAACCGAUGAAGUCUCCUCGAUCCUAGAUAAAAUUGGAGCAAUCAAUAGAGUGACAAGUAUUAAAGUGGUUGAUGUUGAUGGAAUGACGAAGCACGAAUCCGAAAAUGUGAAUGCUUUGUCGCCCAUAUUCGUACAUUCGAAUGCGAGUGAAUCCACAACCUCUGAAUCGCCAAUAAAAUCUUCUGUAGAUAUGAUAAUACAGAUAGCGAAAGUGCAAGAAGUGCCUCCACCAAAUUCUCUGCAAAAAGUUAAUCUUACCAACAUAAACGUACAAAUAGAUGCAUCUGGAAUCCCUGAUCAACUUUUCUCCCAUAGAGAAGAUAGGAAAAUAGACAUAUAUGGAGGAAGCAAGAUAAGUAAUAGCAAAACAAAUGAUAUCGAUUUACAGAAAGCCGAAAUAAUUGAUGGUAGAUCGCACAUCAAUAUUGUAACUCCUAGGCCGAUAUACAAUACUGAAGCUUCUACGAUUUCCUUAGAAGGACUUUUCCGUGCCGAUGAAUCACUCCUUUUUAAUAGAAAUAGUGCCUUGAAUGACGAGUUACUGGAAACUGAAAACUCGAAAUUCGUUAAUGUUAGAGUUCUACACCCUGAUGAAAGUGUGAGAAUCAAUAAAGAACUGAGGAAAGACGAUAAAGUUAUACCAAUCAAGAUUCUGAAACAAGACGAGGAUGAUGUCGCUACGAAAGCAAGAGUCGUUGAAAUUUUACCAAAAUCUCGUCUGGAUACGAUCAAAAUUGUACCAAUAAGAGUUGAAAUGUCUAGAUCAAUUGCCCAUAACUUGCCAUUAAUUGAUUUGAAUCGAACAUAAACUUUGACGUGAAAUUUAGCAAUUUCGAAUUAUUAGUUAGUAUUAUUGUUACGUAUGUAUAUAAAAAUCUCUUUGUUGUUAUAUAAAUAGAACAAAUAAUGUAUGUGUGAAAUGUAAAUAAUUUGCACCUCUGUAAUAUAUUCG